UCACCAAUCAUGCAUCCUCUGCAUCGUCAAGCCGGAGCAGGGGGCUCCAUCAUCGUAAGAGCAGGGGGGCUUGGCCGUUGUUGUGAAUGAGGGCCAGCAUGACGUCAGGAAGCCAAUGUCAACAAUGCAGCUCCUAGAGGAGAAAAGGCGUUUCAUCCUAACACACACACACACACAGGAGACCCAUCUACCACACACCGACUGAUGCCUACGGUCCAUUAGAAGCAGCGGUUUCUGUCUGUCCGAGGACUGCGGAAAUAAACAACAACAACAACAACAACAACAAUGUGGACUCACUCUUAUUUCUGAGGGACUGAACGCAGACGAGCAGGAAAAACGGGGUGCUAGAGAGAGUGAUGUCGGCAGGCGAGGAGAGGGGCGGUGAGGCGGCAGCGCCUGUAUAUGUGUAUGAAUCCAAGGUCCAUUGUGCCAACGUGCUGUUGAGCCUGGAGGAGCAGCGGCGGCAGGGCAUCCUGUGCGACGUGACCGUGUUGGUGGAGGGUAGGGAGGUACGCGCACACAGGGCCGUCCUUGCCGCUAGCAGCCGCUACUUCCUUCAGGCCUUGCUGGGUCACAACGGGUCACCAGGCGAAGCAGAGCCCAUCAUUAACCUGCCAGACAAGGUGACAGCAAAGGGUUUUGCUCCACUACUCCAAUUUGCCUAUACAGCCAAGCUGGUUUUAAGUCGGGAAAACAUCCAUGAGGUCAUCCUGUGCGCUGACUUCCUGGGUGUUCACAAUUUGGAGGACUCUUGCUUUCGGUUCCUUCAAGCCCAGCUACAGAAUGACAGCCAAGUUGCCACCAAUGGCAAGGCGGAUUAUGGUGAUGACAUCACGGCCGAGGGAGCAGUCUUUCCUGAGACAAUAUCCUCAGACGAUUCUGCAGAGAUGAGGCAGCAAACCAAACAUAUAGCAAGCACUGCGUCACUUCCUGCUGACCUUUCUCAAUGUCCUAAGUACAGGAAGUAUCAGUACCAGAUCUGUGAUAACAAGCACAAUGGAGAAAACCAUCAUGGCAUCGAUGAUGCCAACCAUACCUCAGUCAGCCCUGUGAGCUCACAGCUCAGAGACAGCAGUGCUGUUCUACAAACUCUUCUUACACCCUCCAGGAUCAAAGAGGAGCCAUUUGUGUUUGAGGAAGAAGGAGAUGAAAGGAGUGGUUGCAACACAGAAUUGUGUACUGAAGAGGUACUGGAGAUGGAGCUGGAGGUAGAAGGGGUUCCAGUAGCAACUGAGCACUCUCCGAGUCGAGGUUCACCCUCUUCCUGCCUGCGCUCCUACCUCCAGAGAGGCGGCCUAGAUCUCAGUGGCAUGCCCAGCACCACCAUCCAGCAGCUACUCACCAACAGACUGUCCCUCAACCACUACAGGGAACUAGUCAAAGACAGGCAGAGGGAUAAGAGGGAAUCUCUGGGUCGCGUGGACCUCAAGACUGGCAUUGCAGAUGUCAUACCAGCAGCACUGACUGGCACUGGCAAGAACGUGGAAAGGCCAGCCUCUAAAGCUUCCUCUUCUAAACAUGAGGGGGAGCUAGACAGAGCCAGUGUCAUUUUCUCUUCAGCAGCCGGCGAGCGACAAAUGUUGGCCCAUUCUUACAUGGAUGAUAAGUUCAGAGAAAAAGUCUCAACCCUGAUGCAGGUAGAGGCUCCCUCUUCUGGUCGGUCAUGCCUCACCACCAGCUGCCCUGUUCCCAUCCAAACAUCAGUCCAUUCCCCUCCCCCAUCUGAGCCCCGAACCCAGACUUCCAGCUCCCGUUCCUCAUUCUCUUACCCAGAGGACGCAGGCAGUGGUAGCUCACCUUCCAGCCUUCCCCAGUUUGACUUCUCCUCAUCCCCACACUCAGGCUCCACCUCUGGACUGUCUCACUGCCUGGCUGGGGUAGUGGAGCAGAGGAACCCCCACAGCGGGGAGGUGGUCUUGUCUCAGGGUUGCACCAGUAUCAAAAGUGAACAGGGAUUUGGUGCCAGUGGCGGCAACUCAAGUGACGAAUCAGGCUCAUUCUCAGAGGGAGACAGUGAAAGUGGCGUCUCUAGAGUCUCUGGCCCUGAGGUAAAGUUGCCCUUCCCUGUGGACCAGAUCACCAACCUGCCACGCAAUGACUUCCAGAUCCUCAUCAAGAUGCACAAGCUGACCUCAGAGCAGCUGGAAUUCAUCCAUGACAUCCGCCGGCGCAGCAAAAACCGCAUCGCCGCCCAGCGCUGUCGCAAGAGGAAGCUGGACUGCAUCCAGAACCUGGAGUGCGAGAUCCGCAAACUGGUGUGCGAGAAAGAGAAGCUGCUGAGCGAGCGCAACCAGCUGAAGGUUUGUAUGUCGGAGCUGUGGCAGAACCUGUCUUUCCUCUCACAGCAAGUGUGCAGGGAGGUGCAGGGCACUCAGCCGCCUUCCAUCUCCGCCAGCAUCGACCUCACAUCUAACCCACCGUCGCCUUCUUCUGACGAGGGCUCGUCACAGCCCAGGUCGCCCGUGUCACAACACAGCGAUACUGCGUGUCUGUCUGAUGUGGGUCCCAGUCAGGGGCAAGUGGAGGAUAGGCAGCCUGGGGUGGAGGUGUCAGGUCUGGGGCAGGAGAACCCUGAGUGUCCGCUGGUGCUGGGAUCCACUGAGGAAGUAUGUAGCCCCACUGUAACAGUGGAUUUCUGUCAGGAAAUGACUGAGAAAUGUACAACAGAGGAACAGAAGAGACAGAACUGUACUUAGAGUCUGGUGGCAAACACUUUGGUCUGUGACACACUCCUACUUGUCUAUACCUUGAUAUUUGAAGUAUUUUUGUUCUUUUUUUGUAAUGGAUGACACAAGCGUUGUCUUAUCAGCAAUAUUGUUCAACAGGUAUUUUUGGACUGGUGAUAAACAGAAGCACUGGCAGCUUUCUCUCUCUUUCUUUCUGUCUCUGUCUCAUCCUGACUUCUUCUUCCUGUCAGCUUCCCUCCCUCUCUCGUGCAUCAUGGGAGGUUCAACUCAGGAAUUCCUCAGAAUGUUCACUUAUGUCCCUGUUAACAUGUACAUGCACUUUACUUUACAGUCCUGUCAAAUCUGGAUAAUUACUUCUCUACGUACAACUGAUUUGUAGUCAAUAGAAUUAAUCAUUUAAUAAUAUGAAUAAUUUUGAUAAGUCAUAUUUGACCUCUGAGUCAGCAUCUGUCACUUCUACUUCACUGAAGCAUUGGUUCAUUGCUUUUAUUAAUAUAUGCUUAUUGUCUUUCUCUCUGAGCGUGAGAUGUUCAGACAGUCCAAAAAAGAACAGAGCUGCAGCCUAGCUUAGCAUAAAGCCUGGCUCAGUCCAAAGUAAAAAAAAAACCUGCCUGUCAACAACUCUAAUGUCGGGUUCAGACUACACAGCAUCACUAAUCUGACAUCACUAUGUAAGAUUACGUGAUUGUGGAGUCAUAAAAUCUUGCUGUGACUCGGCUGACAGACAUGACAGUCUCCACGUUGGUCCAUGACCAGUCAUCCGGGGUCGUCAUUCAUGACGUGCGUGAUGCCAUCGGAUUAUUCUUGACCUAUUUUCUUCCCUAUUACUAUUAUUAUUUCAGUCACUGUGACUGUUAUUGUAGUGAUGUAACAAGUGUCACCAGAUGGCAGGAGCUUCAUUUGAAGCUCAUGAAAAUGACGCAAGUCACUGAAUCCUCCCCAACAAGUUCCUGCAAAUGUGUCACAAUAAAAGCCUUUUCAGGAAAUGAAGGGAUGUUCUUAAACCAAGUUAUAAGGGGCUUUUAAUUUGAAACAGAUACAGGAAGUGUUGAGUUUGAAAUGACGGCAUGAUGCAUUAACUUUAGCAAGACAAACGGGAGCAGAUAAAAAGUAAAAAUAUAAAAUACAGAGGGAAUAAUUAAUAACGACCCGUUUAUAAUGUAGACUGUUUGAAAUGAAUCUGGUAGCCAUUAUGAAGAAAGAACAUUGUUUGCUAGCUUGACACUAAUGGCAGUACUCAGCGGGUUGACAAAGUGUCUCUGCUGUUUCACACCAUCAUUUUCCUUGUUUACCCUGUGUGGUAACAUCCCUAGAGGAAAUAUCAAAAACCCUGGGGUGUUGUUGCCAUACAGUUGUCCACGACAGCUGUGUUCCUAUUGUCCAAAGUGACAGCUGUGACGAGAGAAGUCAUACAAGACAGGGAGAAAAUCAUACAUGCUAUACUCUCUGUCAGGACGUCAUGAGGUGUCCCAGACGUGGUGUCAGUUGUCGUCUACUAUGACACACUACACGGGAUAAAACACUCACGCUCAUGAUCCGAGUCGACACCGUACGACACCACGUCGGGCUAUAAUCAGGCUGAUACCAUGUAGUCUGAACCCAGCACAAGGCAGAGUUGCACCCAGCGUUUCUGGACUUAGCACGAGCUACUUGACACAGUUGAUCCAGGUUUUGGUCUCAAACCUGGCAGCCUCACUGUGACAAUAAUGUUCCACCGGUGACGUAUCAACAGAACUGAAAGAGAUUAAAAAAGUGGUCAGGCAUGAAUCCAAGACGACUAAAGCCACUGCUAGCUUUGCAGGCAGUUCUCUAAUUUAAAGGUUCAGAAGGUAACUUUUAGAAAAACUUUUUGUCACACUUACUGAAACGGUCACUAUAUCCUGACAGUAGUAAUGAGACAGAUAAUCUAUGAAGACCCUCCUAGUGGUGCUAAUGGCAUUUGCAAGGAUAGACAGUGCCUAAACAAAAACAACCUCUCAGAGCCUGUAGGGAGUCCAGGUUCUGAGUCUGGAAUCCUUUCUCCACCUUGGAAAAGUUUUUCUGAUGUUUACUCUUGUUUUAUCUCUGGCUCAGUACAACUAUUUUUUUGUAGUUUGCUUUUAACUGUUUACUGUUUUCUUGUCUUUGUCAUGUACAGUUUUGUUGGCAGCGCAGCAUGUGCACUUGCAGUGAUCGCCACUGGCUCUGAUUAAUUGUUUUUGUUCAGGCAUGGUGGAUCCUUGCCAUUAGCAGCACUAUGAGCCACAGAAAAAUCUGUCUCAUGUACCACUGUCAGGAUAUAGUGACAGUUUCAGUAAGUAUGAGAAAAAAUAGAUUGUUUUCCAUGUUUGUAGCAGUCUGUUGACAAGUGAAACCAGAGCCAUCAUUUUAAGUUGUAUAAAUAUUAAUAUUGGAUUGGAUUUAAAGCAGAUGUAGGCAUAACUUUGCAACUUUUCAGCCUCAGAUCUGUCAGCGCUACUGUAGUUCUUUUCACCAAGAGAGAGACAUCUUAGAUACCUCUGACAAGAAAUUACAACCAGGAGACUAACCCUCAGAUGUUUUCCCUCUGAUGCCUGUAAUUAUGAUCUGAACAGUAUGAUGUGAACACGGCACAAGGUUUCAGGAAGCUGUGCACUGUUUGCUGACUAAAGCCACAAACUAUCUUUUUACAUUUCUGUUUGUUUUCACAUUAAACAGGGGAGAUCCAGCUCUGCACUUCACACACAGACAUGAGACUGAUAUAAACUUUCUCACCUCACCCUACGAAGGAGAGCAAAUAAGCAUAUUUGGGGAAAUGUUGAACUGAUCCUUUGAAUUCUUCAGUACAUGGUACAACAUCAAACAGCUUACCUUUCGUCAUAUGACUUAAUAUUUUUAAUGAUCUCGUAAUUGUUGAGUGACACAGGACUUUAAAGUAAAAUGUUACCAAAGGUGUGUAUUUGUAAAAUUUUACAUUCGAUGAAAAGGUCAAAUGAACUCUCAUUAUGCAAAGUUUCUUUUGUCAAACUUCACUUGUACUUUUUCUUGUACUCAGAUGGACAUUUCUACACAAUUCUCUUUUGCCUUUUUUCAUAUCUGCGCUAAGAGACAGAACUACAUGACAAAGUUGAAGCACUGCCCAGCACCUCCAAGAGGUGACACCUGGCAUUGGAUAUGAGCAGAUGCAUUGUGACGUUGGCACUCAAAGCCCAAGCCAGUCACUGGGUGUCUAAAUAGAUGUAUGGACCAUACUGGUGUCUAUUUAUGUUUCUGCUGACCAUUUUCCAAAGCAUGCUGCAGUGUUUCUCAGUUGAUUUAAUUUAUCUUUGCUUAGUCAACAUGUUUGUGUCCCACAAACAUUUUGCAGGAACAAAUUAAUUUCUUGUGCUUGCAAGUGUGGGAACAAGUUACUAUCUUUUAAUAACAGGAGAACAAUAUCUUGUAUACACAUGUAAUUAUCUUGUGGGAACAAGUGUGGGAACAAUUAUUAUCUUGUGCAAACAAGUCGAUUAUGUUGUUGGUAACAAUAUUUUUAUCCAGUGGGAACAAUUUAUUAUCUUGUGGGAUCAAGUGUGGGAAAAAGUUAUUAUCUUGUGGGGACAAUUUAUAUAUUGUGAGAACAAGUUAUUAUCAAGCGCAAACAAGUUAAUUAUCUUGUGGGAAUCAUUUUUUUAUCUUUUGGGAACAAUUUAUUAUCUUGUUCUUGCAGGUGUGGGAACAAGGUAUCUUUUGAUAACAAGAGAACAAGAGCACAUGUUAAUUAUCUUGUGGGCCCAAGUGUGGGAACAAUUAUUAUCUUGUGCAAACAAGUUUAUAUCUUGUGGGAACAUUUUUUUUUUAUCUAGUGGGAACAGUUAACUAUCUUUUGGGAACAAGUGUGGAAAAUAGUUAUUAUUUUGUUUGUGCAAGUUAAUUAUCUUGUGGGGAAAAGUUACAUAUUGUGAGAACAAGUUAUUAUCCUGUGCAAACAAGUUCAUUAUCUUGUAGGAAUAUUUUUUUUUAUCUAUUGGUAACAAGUGUAGGAACAAGUUACUACUUUGUGUGCGCAAGUUAAUUUUCUUGAGGGAACAAGUGUGCGAAUAAUUUAUUAUCUUGUUCAAACAAGUUAAUUAUCUUGUGGGAACAAUUUAUUAUCGUGUGCGAACAAGUGUGGGAACAAUUGUAUGAACAAGUUGUUAUCUAGUGUGCACACGAUAUAUUUAUAACUUGUUCCCACAAGAUAAUUAACAUGUGUGCACAAAAUAUAUAAACUAUCACUCUUCAGGACUUUAGGGGUCCAUACUACAACAUUAUUUCCUUGUUCACUCUUAAAAAAUCCUAUAAAUGAGGUACUGUGUUUUAGAACAUUAUCUUCAUUUCCUCUCUAGGAAACUUUCUCUGAAACUAUAUUUUUACAUGAAUGAUAAAGGAAUUAACAUGAUAAAGGACCUGCUAAAUAAAUGGUCAUCUGAAAUUGUUCUGAAAGGUUGACUUGAGUGUCCUGCACAUCAGGUCACUCAACUAAAAAAAGCCAAUGAAUGAAAUGACAGACAUAAAGCAACAGAUAUAAUGUUCACUGUGAUGGUUUCCUCAGCAGCCUCCUACUUAAUUUGUAUAUCAUGUCUUAUUAUAGAGAGAAAUGAAUGGAAACCAGUAUCUGUCUGGAGAGUGGAGAAAACAUGCUUAAAAAAAAAACUUACUCUGUGAUGCUUUGGAAAAUGGAUGGUAGUUAUAUAAUGAACCACGUUAAAUCGGCUGAAAUCUAAAGACACUGGUGUGGUCAUUUAAACAACAGCUUAAACAAAUCUUAAGUGCUCUUUUUGACCCAUUUAUUUAUUGUUUUAAAAGUAGUAAGAAUUUAGUGUUUGUACUUAUGGUAAUUAUGUAUUUAGCUGCACUGUUCUUGUAUUGUACAUAAGACGAAUAGCCCUACUUAAAGUAUUUGGUACAGUAUGUUGGUGUAAAACACCUACAUUUUCAAAUCCACACAUCAUAUGUGAAUUUGUUUAAACACUAAACAAAAAAUGAUCAAUUUCUACUUAGGAAUCAGCAUCCCUAAUAGCGUAUGGUAUGAGGUUCAAAGCUCCAAACAAACACGCUGGCACAUUAUUGAUUUAGGGAGAUGCCAAAUUCAUCUGCUGUUGAAAAGUCGAUGGCGGGGCACGUGGCAGGGGUGAGUGCUGCUGCCGUCUGCUGUGUUGCUGCCCGACACUCUGCUGCUGCGCUGUCAGCUUCACAGCAGAGCACAGCCGUGGCAUUUUAGCACUGGGUGUGUUUUUUGGUUUCUUUUGUCCAUCAGGGGCAGAGUGAAAUCACUUUUAGCACAGGAAGGUCACACUAGAUUUUGAAAUGCAAUCAAUAUUUCAUUGCACUUGCUUUUUUUUGUUUUGUUUUUUAGAAAUUGGUUAAAUAAGCCUUCAAAUAAAGGGCUGCUGUUUCUUUGUGUGAUUUUGUGAAUGUCAAACUCCUAGUUUUAAAAGUAAGUGGAACAUUUGGAUUCUAAAUCAAAACCAUUUGGAUCUGUGUUUAAUGGCAGCUCAGCCAUGUUAGCUUUAACAGACUAGAAUGAGCUCAGAUUAAACAUUACAGACAAAUCUGCUGUUAUCACUGUUAGCCAAUGAUAAUCUCAGUAGAAUGUGCUAAAUGCUCAGAGUACACUGAAGAACACUGCUCAGCUGACUUUACAGACUUUAAUUCCUCAAUGUGAACUUGUUAAUUUAUUUAUUUGGACUGUUGUUGUUGGGGGUUGGGGUCGGGUGUAGAGGAAGUUGCAUAGAUGUAAAAUGUAGGUUGCUACCCUUUCUUAGAGUUGAUUUGUUAACAGUUGUAUUUUUUUUAUUGUUGUCAGUUUCAUGAAAAAUAAGUCUUCAUUUACAAGUCACACAUGUACUUAAGUUUAAUAUUUCAAUUUAAAGGGGUGUGAGUAUGUUUACAGUUUUGUGUAUGAGCUUUUUAUUUUGUAAAGAUAGAAUUAUGACCUGAGAAUUAAGUUUAAUAGGAAAUCUCUUUUUUAUUAUACCUAAGUUAAAAGUGUUGAUGAAUUUGUGAGAUAAAUAAGCAUCUGACAAGUGCAGCUAUAAUAUCUUGCCUUAGAGGUUACAGCGGCCAAACUCUCUAGUAAGGGAACAAAAGAUUUUAUCCAAGGGAAACUAGUCUGUAGAUUCAAAAAACUGCAUUGCAACAGUGUCCAAAAAACGUGGAUGCGGCCCUUUCUGACCCCUCUUUGUUUCACUAUUCAUAAAGCAGUCCAAUACAUAAAUGUUAGGUUAAUUGUUGAUUCUAAAUUGCCUGUAGGUGUGUGUAUGUAAGUAUGAAUGGUAGUCUGUCUUUCUGUCUCAGCCCUAUGAUUGCCUGGUGACCUGACUGGUGUCCUACAGCUCAGUCACCAGAAGAAAAUGCUGGCACUGUUUCUGUAAACCACAAAUAUAUUUCAUUUGCAGGUUUUGUACAAAUCAUAUUAACGUUUCUAAUAGAGCUGACUUUGUCAUCUUGAGGUGGAGGGGAUGGUGGAUGGCGGUACACCUAGACAAGACACCUGCCAAGCCUCAGACCAUUGUCGGAAACCAACAGACAACACAUCUGCUUGUUUUUUUGUUCAUUGCUUUUUUCCAGCGGCUUUUCAGCCCCCAAACAUGGGUGGUUUUUUUUCACAACCCAUAGCUAUUUUUACAGCUGGGUUAGUGCCUCAAAAAGACACUGUUUCUUUACACACAUUUCUGUGUUCUUGCUGGGUGUUUUGAGCCACAACAUGGUCUUUCCCCAACCAUAACCAAGUAGUUUUUGUGCCUAAACAUAACCUCACGUUUACCACAACAUUGUUGAAAUGUAAAGUUGCAAUGCAUGUGUUAGAUAAUAAUGUAUUCAUGUAACAAAUCUGUGGUUUGCAGAAAUGUUCAAUGCCAACAUUUUUUCUGGUGACUAGGUUGCCCUCAGUGACCCUGUGAAGGAUAAGCAGGUAUAGCUAAUGGAUGGAUGGAUGGAUGUUUAUAAACCUCUCUUUUAUGACGGAUAGUGAAAUCAGCCAUGUACAUCUCCCCCUCUAUAAAUAUGGAGACCCAAAUUGUUCAGUAUAGAUAAAUAGACAAAAUAAUAUAAGUAAUCCUAUCAAUAAAUACAGACAUCAUUUAUAUUAUUACCAUGAAACUGUAAAACAGUGACUCACAUUUUUAAAACAUUACUUGAAAACUGCUGGAUUUAAAACAUGUAAUAAAUGAUUAUUGUGAAAAGAAAUAACAUUUCACAAUAACCAUAGUAGUUUUAGAAAGCCUUUGGCUUAUUUUACAAUUUCAUGGCGACAUUAUAUAUUUGUGUGUAUUUAUUCAUAUGAUUAUUUGUUAAAUAACAUCUUGCUUAUUCAUUUAAUAUUGACCACUGUGGCUCUUCAUAUGCUCUUGUAGGUGUCAGCAAGGAAUUCACCAUACUAGAGGAUCAACUGUUGAAAGAUAAAAAUGUACUUGAUGUAAUUAGUCAAUUGCUGUUUCUGUAUUUGAGCUAAAGUAAAUUGGAGGAAGGGUUAGGGUUGAUUUGGGUAAACAUCAAAAUGAGGCAUCAAAUCAUUUUGUUGAGUUUAAAAUCAUAUUCUGUACAACACUUUGCAAAAAAAUGUCAAGACUAAUGAAAAAUUGAUAUCAAAACAUACAUAAUGUUUUUUGUACCGAAUAAAUGAUUCCGUGCCUCAUUUUGACUUUUUAGUUAACCAGUGUUAAAAUGCUGUAAAUGUAUAAACAAACAGUGGUGUUACAUUAAUUGAAGGCUGCACUUAGGAGAUGUGAAAAAAUCUAAUGUUUCAAGUUGGUUAUUCUGCAUUUUGCAGAAGUCCAACCCUGAGGAGGUGGAACAUGGACACUGAACAAUAUUCCUCAUAAAUGGAACACGACAUUACUGACAUGACAACUUCUUCAUGAAUUCAUGUCAGACCUCAACUGACAUCAAAUGUAUCAGUGUCUAUCAGUAUUAUUUGAUUAGUCAGCAUGGGGCAUCUGCAACACCAGUGCUAAAUAAUAAUUCAAUUUAAAGGAGCUAUUUUUUCCAGGAUCUUCUUUUUUCCCUUGUUUUAGCCCAUGACUGUAGAUUCCUCAUUCUGCUAUUAGAGCCAACCACAAAAUACACUCCUGAUCUCUCAGUUAGGUUCUGAUGGUUUCACUUCAUUUCAGUACGGUACAAAAAGGAACCUGUGGGGACUUGAAACUGGCCUGAGCUCUGUAAUCCAUCAUAGACCUUUUUAUUGUGCGGUAAUGCAGCGCAGAGGUUUAAGAACAAUCUGCACCUGCAAAUCGCCACACAGCAAAGAAACCUUUGGCAACAGUAAAAGCUGACAUGAUGUUCACUGUGACAGAUCAGCUAACACAAGCAAGUUUCAACUAUCUGCAGCUGUACUGAAAGAAAUGAAAAGCAACAUGAAAAGAAAGACAAAAACCCUGCAGACUGUUGGACCACUGUGAUACAUGAUUGAGAACCACUAGUUUACACAGUGUGCUGAAAUAUUAAUCGGAUAGUUUGUAUUUUUUUGAAGAGGGGUGUAUGAGGUAGUUGUCCAUAGUCAGGUUAUUAUCUACAGUAAAUAUGUGCUAGUGUGCCCAUUGUUUGAGGAGAUGUCUAAAUGAGUGUCUGAAUGGUAGCUUAACAAUGUGCUGCUGUGGAUGAGGGUCAGCAGCAAAACGUAUUUUCACCACCUAAAAAAUCAUUACAGUAAAAGUGUAUGCUAUAUUGAGAGUAUUUUCACUGCUUUACCUUUCUGUCAGACAUUCCAUUCCAACACAAAAGCCAUUAACGGCUUCAGUUCCACAUCUAAGCUCUCUUCAAAGCCGAAAGACCAAAGUAAACACACUAUGUUGGUACAACACUGUGAACUGACAUUUUUUAAACCUUCAACAACAAACACACAUAGUUACAUUUUGCCAACAACAGCACAUGGUUAGGUUUAGACUUCACAGUCCUAGGGGAAGCUAGUCUGAGUGGGCGGAAGUUCGCUGCAUAGAUCAGCCUCUCACUGGGCGGAACGAGCCACCCGCUGUUGUGUAGCAGUUUUCAACACGUCCUUUACUAACUUUUGCAGUGUUUGAUCUUGCGGGGAUGUAGCCAUUUUUCUGCCAUGGUUCGCGUCCUGUAGGUGAUAUUUUUGUGGGCGUGUUACACCAAAACCUGUUUCUCCCUGGCAAUAUUUUUGCAAGUGCACCAUUGCUGUGGCACCGCCCAGAACGAUUGUGAUUGGUCUUAAAGUGAGAGUCGGCGCAGCCAGACCUUACUUUUCUUGAGAAAGGUCUGGUGAGCGAGACUAAGGGGAAGCAAACACCGACCUCCUGGGUAAAAGUUGGUGGUUGUUGGAACCAUACACCACCCCUCCCACCUGCCCUACUUUCAUUGUUGUACUGCAGUUUUGCCCCUGAUGCUGCCGGGCACCAUUAAACAAUAACGGCCACGUAUCAUGCUGAUGUGAAAGCAUGGCUUUUCAUUCGUCAGUGUCUGAUGUCGGAAGUCACCGACUAAGCACCGGCGUUCAAUGACUUCGGAGUAAGACUGAGUUGAAAACACACACACAAAAAACUGUUCAAGGCAGCGGUAGACCAACAGCUCCUGUGAUCAGCAGUGUUUUUCUCAGUGGAGUCUGGCUUUGAAGUGAGCAGUAAAACAGCUUCAGCUCCCCAUCGGAAAUCGCUGUCUGACGGCAAAGUAGAGCAGGGAAAUACUCUCAGUGUAGUGUGCUCUUAAACUGAUAUUCAUUGUUCUAGGUGGGACUCUUUUUAGGUGGCUAUAAUAUGUUUAAUUGUUGACCUCGUCUAUAGCAGUGCAUCGGACCCCACCCUGUUUCUACAAACUGGGGGCAUGCCCACUGACAUCUACUGUUGGUAAUACAUUAAGAAUGAAUAAGUGCCUCAUACAACCCCACUUCAAAAAAUCCAAACUAUCCUUUUAUAGUUAAUUCAGAGCUGUUAUGUUGCAUAGGAUGCUGAAGUGUCCAUCAUCUCUGAGUGCAGCUCUAAUCUAGGAUCCAGUGUUUAAGUGGUUAAAGCAGUGGGUUUACACAGAAGAGUCUGCCCUUGAGUAUUUUGGAAUCAAAUGAUUUUUUUAAAAUUACAAUACAUGGUGGCCUACUAAAGGAAGCACUUAUUUAUUCCAAUCUGUUUACAGAAUGCGUUCAUUAAUCGAGUCUCAGUUGAACAGACUCUAAGCACUUAUCUACCUGGAUAAUUCAGCAUACCUCUUCUUAUGGGUAAGGACUGUAUGAUAGACAUGUAGACAGUUUCUGUGGCGUUGUUUCUAACUUUUUACAGUGGUUACUUCAUUGUAUUUGUAGAUUUUGGUGAGCCAUUUUUUACAUGUUCUUUUUUUUUUUUUUUGAGUACCUGAUACAUGACUGUUAUAUGCAGAUCGAGCAUUUGUGAUUUCCUUUUUUAUCUUUGAAUAUUCAAAUGACCUUCGUUUUGUUUUGAUUCUUUUGUAAAUAUUGUGCAACAUGUCAUGUUUUGUUUAUUUGAUAUGAAGAAAAGCAUUUUGUCAAGGCAUUUUUUCUUGAGAAAUAAAACAAAAAGCAUGAGAAUUCUA